AUGGAGACCCUGCAGAGACAGCAGGCAGCUCGUCUAGCCCAGGGGGUGGGGCUGCCGACCCCUCCACGCCUGCCCCUGCUACCACAGCCUCCCCUGCCUGGCCCCCGCACCCUGCAGGCUCCUGAGGGGGCCUUAGGGGAGGUUGGGGCUGAGGAAGAGGAUGACGAAGAGGGAGAGGAAGCUGGGGCAGAAGAGGAGGCAGCUGAGGAGAACCGUCCAGGAAGCCGGGGUCCUGGUUCACCUUGCAGCCAACCACCUGCACCCCAUGCCCAUGAAUGGACCUAUGAGGAACAGUUCAAGCAGCUGUAUGAGCUCGAUGCAGACCCCAAAAGAAAAGAGUUUCUGGAUGACCUGUUCACCUUCAUGCAGAAGAGAGGGACACCGGUGAACCGAGUGCCCAUCAUGGCCAAGCAGGUGCUGGAUCUGUAUGCGCUGUUUCGUCUGGUGACAGCCAAGGGUGGACUGGUGGAGGUCAUCAACCGAAAGGUGUGGCGUGAGGUCACGCGUGGCCUCAGUCUACCCACUACCAUCACCUCGGCCGCCUUCACUCUGCGCACUCAAUACAUGAAGUACCUGUACCCGUAUGAAUGUGAGACGCGGGCACUCAGUUCUCCCGGUGAGCUCCAGGCUGCCAUAGACAGCAACCGGCGCGAGGGCCGUCGUCAGGCAUACCCCACUACCCAACUCUUCAGCCUGGCAGGUCCACCUGCCCGCGGUGUUCCGGGUUCAGUACCAGGUCCUGGCCCUGCUGCUCCAGUGCCCCCACCAGGCUCAGCCCCCAUCCAGGGCUCCGCCUCCGGUCUGCCUGCGCACGCAUGUGCUCACCUGAGCCCCAGCCCUAUUAAAAAAGAGGAGAGCGGAAUUCCCACCCCUCAACUGGCACUUCCUGGGGGCCUGGCGUUGGGACCUAUACGGGAGAAGUUGGCACCAGAGGAGCCUCCAGAGAAGAGGGCUGUGCUGAUGGGACCUGCAGACCCACCUCUGCCUGGAGCAACCCCCAAUUUUCUGCCCCGGGGCAAGGUUCCACUGAGGGAAGAGCGGCUGGAUGGGCCUCUCAACCUGGCAGGCAGUGGCAUCAGCAGUAUCAACAUGGCCCUAGAGAUCAACGGGGUGGUCUACACUGGGGUCCUCUUUGCCCGGCGCCAGUCUGUGCCAGCUCCCCAAGGCCCAGCCAACUCUGCAUCCCCAUCCUCUGCAGGGCCUCCUUCAGGAUCCUUGCCCUGA